AGCUGGGAAAGUGCCUGCUGCUUCAGGAUAGGUGGGUCAGAGUUUGCUCUGAUUGAGCGGAAUGUUCCACCGCGGCUCGGCUUUAUCCAUUACCCUUUGUUCUUUAUAGUCUGAUAUAUUGGGAUGAAAGUAAAUGUAGAUAUAUAUAUGAACGAUCUCUUUUCCUUUGGAGCUGCUUGUUGUAUACAACAGGAAAUAUAUUUCUCUUGUCUUGGUUGGAUGCACAAAUCUGUGUGCCGUGCUUUUUGCCCGUUGCCUAGACAAUCACUUGGUUUCUCUGAGGAUGUCUGGUUCUCGUAAAGAGUUUGAUGUGAAACAGAUUUUGAAAAUCAGAUGGAGGUGGUUUGGUCAUCAGGCAUCAUCUAAUUCUUCAGUUGACAGCCAGCAGGGAGAAUUUUGGAGCCGAGGACAGACUGGAGCAAGCGGUGGGAGAAAGUUUUUAGAUCCAUGUAACCUACAGUUGCCUUUGGCUUCAAUUGGUUACCGAAGGUCCAGCCAACUGGAUUUCCAGAAUUCACCUUCUUGGCCAAUGGCAUCGACCUCAGAAGUCCCCGCGUUUGAGUUUACCGCAGAAGACUGUGCCGGUGCACACUGGCUGGAUAGACCAGAAGUGGACGAUGGCACCAGCGAAGAGGAAAAUGAAUCCGAUUCCAGCUCGAGCAGGACGUCCAAUAGCAGUCAGACACUGUCAUCCUGCCAUACUAUGGAGCCAUGUUCAUCAGAUGAAUUCUUCCAAGCCCUUAACCAUGCAGAGCAAACAUUUAAAAAAAUGGAGAACUACUUGAGACAUAAGCAAUUGUGCGAUGUCAUUUUAGUCGCUGGCGAUCGCAGGAUUCCAGCUCACAGACUGGUGCUCUCCUCCGUCUCGGAUUAUUUCGCUGCUAUGUUUACUAAUGAUGUCAGGGAGGCAAGGCAAGAAGAAAUAAAGAUGGAAGGUGUGGAGCCGAACUCAUUGUGGUCCUUAAUUCAGUACGCAUACACAGGCCGCCUUGAACUAAAAGAAGAUAACAUCGAGAGCCUGCUGUCUACCGCGUGCCUUCUGCAGCUCUCCCAGGUUGUGGAAGCAUGCUGUAAGUUUCUCAUGAAGCAGCUUCACCCGUCCAAUUGCCUUGGAAUCCGUUCUUUUGCCGAUGCCCAGGGCUGCACAGAUUUGCAUAAAGUGGCCCACAAUUACACUAUGGAACAUUUCAUGGAAGUAAUCAGAAACCAGGAGUUCGUCUUACUCCCAGCCAAUGAAAUCGCAAAGCUCUUGGCCAGUGAUGACAUGAACAUCCCUAAUGAGGAGACAAUACUGAACGCUCUUCUUACUUGGGUCCGGCACGAUUUGGAGCAGAGGCGGAAAGAUCUCAGUAAACUCUUGGCAUAUAUUAGGCUACCUCUCCUUGCACCACAGUUCCUGGCAGACAUGGAAAACAAUGCACUUUUUCGGGAUGACAUAGAAUGUCAGAAACUCAUUAUGGAAGCAAUGAAGUAUCACUUAUUACCUGAGAGACGACCCAUGUUGCAGAGUCCUCGGACGAAACCUCGCAAGUCGACUGUUGGAACACUGUUUGCAGUUGGCGGGAUGGAUUCAACAAAAGGAGCAACAAGCAUUGAGAAGUACGACCUCCGCACAAAUAUGUGGACGCCCGUGGCAAACAUGAACGGGAGGAGAUUGCAGUUCGGUGUCGCGGUGUUAGAUGACAAGCUGUACGUGGUUGGAGGGCGCGACGGACUGAAGACUUUGAACACGGUAGAGUGUUACAACCCCAAAACAAAGUCCUGGAGUGUGAUGCCGCCUAUGUCCACACAUAGGCAUGGGCUUGGCGUGGCCGUGUUGGAAGGCCCCAUGUACGCGGUAGGAGGGCAUGAUGGCUGGAGCUAUCUGAACACCGUGGAGCGAUGGGACCCUCAGGCUCGCCAGUGGAAUUUUGUUGCCACUAUGUCCACCCCCAGGAGCACAGUAGGUGUGGCUGUACUAAGUGGAAAACUUUAUGCAGUUGGUGGCCGCGAUGGGAGUUCUUGUCUCAAGUCAGUAGAGUGCUUUGAUCCUCACACUAAUAAGUGGACACCGUGUGCCCAGAUGUCAAAAAGGAGAGGCGGCGUGGGCGUGACCACCUGGAACGGACUGCUGUAUGCCAUCGGAGGACACGAUGCUCCCACGUCCAACCUGACUUCCAGACUUUCCGACUGUGUGGAGAGAUAUGAUCCCAAAACAGACAUGUGGACUGCAGUGGCUUCCAUGAGCAUCAGCAGAGACGCAGUGGGGGUCUGUUUGCUUGGGGACAAGCUGUAUGCUGUCGGGGGUUAUGAUGGGCAGACCUACCUGAACAUAGUGGAGGCUUACGAUCCCCAGACGAACGAAUGGACCCAGGUUGCCCCACUGUGCCUAGGAAGAGCUGGAGCGUGCGUUGUGACUGUAAAGAUAUGACUUCAUGCUUUGCCCUCUAAAUGACGAUGCCCUCUCCUACCAGUGGAUUCAUCUGCAGUGACCGUGCAACGCCACAUUCCUAGGCACAGAGUGUCUCAUUUCUAAAUGGAGAUGUUGAAACAAUGGAGGAAGGAAUGCAUGGACCAGGAUGAGAUGCUUCAUCGCUUAGUAAAUUAAAGCUACAGCUGGUGGACUGGAGUCCCACCUUCGGAUAAACAAUAUGAAGACAAGUGCACUGCCCCAGAACAAUCCAGCACUAACUGGGAAUUUCAUCUCUCUUUAGUCGGGCACAUUUUAGUCACGCUGUCCAGAGUUACGACAAUACAGACAUACGAACUUCUAAAAUAUUACUUUAUAAGUUUGUCAUACGCGAGCUUCCAUACUUUUUAUUAUUGUUUAAUCAAACCACUAUUUUAAUGACAUACUAAAGACUAUGCUGUCUAGUUUUUUUCAGGUACAAUAAUAUUAAAUCUGCUCUAGUUGUAAAUUUUAUUACUAAAGUUGGUUUAACCCAAUAAUAAAGGAAAACACAACAUUAAAAAUAAGACUGACCAAACAAACACUUGAUAGGAUCUCUAGGUCCUACUUAAAUAGCCAUCCCAUUCCCUCUAGAUCCAGCAAGGACCGUGUGUGGUAGGCUGCUACUGAUAUUAAAGCGGAUGCUUUACACUAAGAUAUGCAAGUCUGUGUAGAGAAAAUAAAUGCUAUCUACUCUAUGAUGUUCUUCCCCUAACUAGUAUUUAACUAUGUGGGUUUAUGUUCUUUUAUACUACAGAAGAGGAAUUGGGUCUGUCCCUUUGAUACUGAUGCAGUUCUUUGGCCGGUCUUACAUUGUCUGCUGCCGCCUGGUUUCUCACAAAUUAGCCAAUUGUGUUAAGAACCCAUUGUGCUUCUUUGUAAUCAAAAUAUGGGGGGGGGGUGCUAAUUGAAUAUUUGAAAAAUAAGUUUAAAGUGUUUGUUACUCAAAAUUUUGUACAUUUGUAAGCUCUAAUUACAUACGUGAAUGUUAAUCAUCUCGGUGAAUUGUUUAUUGUUUGUAAAAUGCCCCGGGCAGUAACGUUGUAUGAAAUGUUCUUUAAGGUAGAAGUCCUUUCCUUAAUAUAAAAUGGAU